AUGUUCUCCGGAUCCCUCUUCCCCCACUGGCGGCGCAAGGCCGCCGAGCGGUCCAGUAACAGCUCGUAUGAAGUGCCAUUCUACUUGAAUGCGGCGUACUAUCCGAAUUGGAGAAUCUACCGUCAACAAGCUCCCUCCUCGCUCAGACUGGGAUUUGUCUCACAUGUCUUCUACGCGUUUGCUUGGUAUUAG